UGGCAUCGUCACCGGCAAGCGCUGUCAACACCAAGCAGCCAUCGUGAGAUUUGGUCACAUCAGCAAUCUCCACCGCCUGUCUGUUUUUUCAUAGGCCCCCGGAUAUCUUCACCGCUUCGAUAAGAAAUUUAUCUGCGACACAACCGCCCAGCAUGUCACCGCCUGCAAUCAUCGCGCCUUCAAUUCUGUCGGCAGACUUCGGAGCACUGGGCAAGGCAUGUUCGGACACCAUCUCCCAAGGCGCGGACUGGCUCCACGUCGACAUCAUGGACGGCCACUUUGUGCCGAACAUGACCUUCGGCGCGCCCGUCGUGACCAAGAUCCGCUCCCACGUCGACCGUCCGACGACUGCACAAGGAAAGGGGACCUUUGACUGUCACAUGAUGAUUGCAGAGCCUCAGAAGUGGGUUCGCGAGUUCAAGAAGGCGGGAUGCGAUUUGUACUGCUUCCACUACGAAGCUGCGAUAUCCUCCACGGCGGCGCAAGAGCCUUCUGCAACCUCAGACCAGAAGACCUCGCCUAAAGAGUUGAUCAAAUAUAUUCACAGCGAGGGAAUGCAGGCUGGAAUUGCUAUAAAGCCGAGUACAAAGGUGGAUGUGCUCUGGGACAUCCUUGAGAACUCGAACAAGGAUGAGGUACCUGAUAUGGUUCUCAUCAUGACAGUCGAGCCUGGUUUUGGUGGCCAAUCAUUCAUGGCUUCCGAGCUCCCCAAGGUCUCUGCUCUUCGCGCGAAGUAUCCUGACCUUCCUAUCGAGGUCGACGGUGGUCUGUCGGAAAAGACGAUCGACCAAGCCGCCGACGCUGGUGCGAACGUGAUCGUUGCCGGCAGUGCUGUCUUUGGAGCUGCUGACCCAGGUGACGUGAUCAAGAAGCUCCGCGAAGCCGUGGAUUCGAGGAGAGGCAAGUUGUAAACAUCUCGCAGUUGACUGUGUAUGGUUCGACAAUGAGACAAUGACAACGAUAGCAUAUGCAGAUAACACUGUAUCGCAAACUUACGACACGAUCAUAGACAAAAUGCAUGUACAUACGACUCGCUUUGUCUCCGCCCUCCCCUCGAUUUCAUCGACAUGACGCGAUGUACGAU